AUGCUGGCGAAUUCUGAAGUUUGUGUCAUCGUUUUGGUCCGCAGUGGAACUUGCGCGAACCCAAGCAAAAGGCAGAGGUUAGGCAAACUUGUGCAAAGAUGUGAGGACCUAUUUCCGGCGUCAAAGGCUGGGCAAUCCAAAGUUUUUGUUGUAGAUUUCGGCGGUGGGAAAGCGCCUAAAGAUGACUGCUGUAACAUGUUGCGACGCACGGUGAGCUUCAACGUCAAUUACGCAUACCUGCCCGUCGACAAUCCCGUGGUAGCAUUGCACUGGGCGAAUAAAAUAUGGAUUCCGGCGGUCGCUAAACGUCACAGUUUCGAGAACAAUGACGAAGGAACUCGAACAUUGUACCGUUUUGCGCUAGUUGUCAACAACUUUGAUGGGGUUGAUGAAUGCGCCUUGCCAGAGAUGUUCAACAGCCACUGUCGGGAACACAUUGAGAGAGGCACGCAGCUGGUCAUCCUGCCACCGAGAGUGUUGAUGCCUCCGGGUGCGGCGAAGACGUCGUGGAUGGUGGAAGAUUUUCUGGUUCAGCGAGAAAACAUUCGUUACAUAUCGUUCCAAGGCAUCUCCGGAACAGUUGUGACGAACCCUCCUAAGUCGCUGUGUCUGUGGGACCGCAUCAGCCUUUAUAGAGCUGUCUCUGGAGCAUCUGGACCACAAAAGGUUUGCUGGCCUUCAGAACUCAACCAGACUCUUGCUCUUAACCAGUUGCAUCAAAACGGAUGCCGUUCGGAGUUGGCCUCACAACCGGUAACAGUGACCGCACAUAAGGAUCUAUACGCGAAGUACUGUGCCGACUGGGCUUUACAAGGAAGACUGCUCUGGGAACUGUUCAAUUUCAAAUGCACAACGUCCAAGAUGGCUCUGGGCAAGCUGUGGAUACUCGUCGAUCAGUACAUACCAAAAUUCUUCCAGAUCAUGAGGCCCCUCAUGCUGGUUGUCAUAUUCUUCCGCUCACCAUUUGAUACCGUAUUCAUCCUGGUGGUAUAUCUACUUCUCCUGCUGCCCCUCACGAUCGCCAUGGUUUCCGCAUCAUUACGAAGAAACCGGGAGAUCAGCCGUCAAUGGUCGAUGGCCAGGCUGCUAGUUGUCCUCCCAAUAGUAAACGUUAUCCGCGAAAUAUUCUACGCUUACGCUUCAUUGUAUUACGUUAUUUUCACUUACCGUCCAUUAUACCCUUCAAUUGACUAUAUGUCACGAAAAGAUUGUGGAUCUGGCCUACCACCCUUUCCCGAGGAUGGUGGAAGCGGGGUCAACUGGUUCACUAUAUGGCGCGAUCGUGAACGCGAACAUGUGGAGACAGAGAGCGACUUUGGAGAUUCCGAGUCGCAGAAUAGCAAGCCUUUAUAGAAUCUUCGCAGCUGAACAUUGUCUCGACAAGUAUUCUGCAAAAGCACUUCAGUGACUCUCAUUGGCUUGGCCGGCUACCCUCACAAUUUUUGAGUAUCAUUACGAUUUUUUCUUUUGAUUAGAUUUUCUAUACUCUGGUUUACAACAAAUCACGUCGAAAUAGGUCCGGCUUCAGCUGGCGCUUCACG